AUGAUAACGAAGGCAGUAGAAGCUAGUGGAACAGUUACUAUUACAACUGUAACCCAGCAACUAUUUCGAACAAAGAUGGAUUUUAAUGAAUGUUUCAUUCAUCCAAAGUCAUUCUCUUUAGACCCUAACAUUUAUACAGAACUUGUAGAACAUUAUACAAACGAGGCUUUAUGUUUUCCUGUUAAAGUUAUGGAUUGGAUUCCUAUGGACGGUUCAUUCUCAAAGAAUACAGAUAGUUCAAGUGCAACAUUUACAGCAGCUUAUACGCCUAUUAAUGUUAAAAGUAUUUGGGCACUAUUUAGAAAGAAAGACAACUAUUAUGUUAAUUUUGAGAACCCUAAGUUUAAAUAUCUUCAGCUUUCCAUGGGAGCUUAUGGAAAUAUGCCUGCAGAACCUGAAAAAUCAUAUGGACCUGUAUUUUAUGAAAUGGUUGCGAACGCCUGCAAUACAAACAAUGAUAUGAUAGGAUUUAAUGAAGAUGUUAUGAGGUCAUUGGUGAUGAUGAGUGUGGAACAUAAAUGGGAUAGCUAUGACAACACACAUUUCUUAUGUGGUUUUCCAACAGAAGUGGACUUUUGCUUCCAGCAAGGUCAAACAUCUACUGCUCCAAUAACAUACAAAUUGUCUGUUAAAGGACCUAUUGAACUAGCAACUGAAAAUGUACCAAAGCCACUUAUUGGAUUUAUGAGGGAUUGCUGCUUUGCCAUUCAGGUAAGACAGUCAGGCAUCCCCAUAAUAAGAUUAGAUGACUAUAACUUAGCCACGGACGACAGUGAGGAAUAA